AUGGACAAGAACCAACCACCAUCCGGAGGCGCACCUGGUCCACCUAAGGAAUCAAUGACUCCACUAGUUGGUGAUCAUUCGGAUCAUGCGCAUGAAUUGCGUGCAUUGGCAAUUCUUGCCAUAGUGGUUUUUGGUUUCCUCACAGUUGCAGCGAUACUAUAUAUGUUGCGUUGGGUAUGUAUACAGUUUUCUGGUGAAAAACAUGCAGUAAGCGCAGAAUCGCCCGACAUCGAUGAAGGUGUGUACAGCGAACGCUUAGAGCGGACACCAGCUGAGGAGGAUAAGGGAGCGAGUCAUAGCGAGCAGGUCUCUGACAGUGAGAGUACGAAGCGUUGCUAUCCAUCUCCUGACAAAAUGUUCGAAUUGAAUUUGGCAAAGAAAAAGCGGGAAAGAGAAAAGGAAAAGGAAGGAGUUUCACUAAAAAUUUUGAAAGCAGUUCCAGACUAUUCGAAAAUUGUGUUGAAACAAGAUGAAAUGUACGUAGGUGGUCUGUCGAAGCAUCCUAAGGUGCCACCCAGUUAUAUUUCAACGUUAGAAAUGCCGGGAACUAGGAAAGUGCUUUGGGCACCACAAUCGAUAUCCGGCGCAACGGUGCUGAAGACGGCUAGAUCGAAGUCGGCGAGGAAGUCGAGUAGCAUCGAUAAGAUGAAAAUUGUUGAUGCACCAAUCCUGACUGCUCCAAAGAAAUCCGCCAAAUCUCCAGCUGAAUCAUCAAUUAAAACAGCGGUUGAGGUGUAUCCACCGGAGACACAGUCAACUCCGCAAACUCAAAUUGCAGCAGUAUCGGCUCAGCUAACUCCUCUUCAUGUUGCUCAGCCGAUGCAACCACUUGAAGCAUCUCCGGGUAUGGCUCCGAUACUGGCUUCGCAACCAAUGGAAACCACUCAAAAAACUCAACCAAAACCGUUUUCAAGUUCAAAUUUGAUGAUUUCCGGUGAAGCUUCUGUAAGAACGGCAUCUCGAGCAGAGGGAUCAAAAAAUGCAGCUGCAGUGAAAAUUACUGCGGCGCCUGUAAUAAUCUCAGCAAUGCGUCGUAGACCAUUACCAAAAGAAUUUAAGAAACCUCCAGAGCAACGAGUCGUCGAAUCACCGCCGACAACACCAUUACGUACAGCGAAAGCUUUCACGUCGCAAUCUAACCGAUCGCUUUCCAUGUCAUCCAGAUCGUCCAGAAGUCCAACCGAACCAAAAAUGGCCAGCACAUCAUAG